AUGAUGGAGAACCAGGAAGACCUCUGUACAAAACUGAGUGAACUAUUCCAGAAAAGCAGCACCUCAGAGAACAAGAUUAGGCUGAAAGUGAGAAGUAGUUGCCUGUGGGAAGAUACUUUGGUGAAAAUGAAGAGAGUAAACCCUGACUGUUUAAAUGGAAUUGUAACUGUCCAGUUCAUUGGAGAACCUGCAGUGGAUGAGGAAGGACCAUAAAAACUUAUUCUGCCUGAUGCACAAGCAUAUGCAGUAGUCAUCAAGUCUGUUCACAGGGCCUCCUGCCAGCCGUAGAUUUGUCCACAAUACGAUUGCUCUACAGAGGGAGGAGUAUCUCCAUUAUGGCGUUAUUUCAGCACUAUCAGUAGAUCAAGGAUCACCUGGCCCUGCAAUGUUUGCUGCCCCUGUCGUAGACUACAUACUAUAUGGUAAAUUAGAUGCAAUGAAAGUAUCAGUUUGUGACCUCCUAAGUGGGAAAGUUAAAACAACUUUAGAAGAGCUGGAGGCCAUCAGCGGCCCAGUAAAGUUCAAGCAAGAAGUUUCUUCUAAUACACCUUUAAGGUUCAAAGCAGGAUAUACAAAGCCUGUUGUCGCUUUUGAAGACAAGCAAAAAUUUAUCAGAUGCAUCUGCCUUCACCAGCUCAUUUUAUCAACCCAGUCUGAAAUUGAUCAGUUUAUUAAAGGACUGAUGACAAAUGGCAUCUUGAAUGUGAUUAGAAACAAUCCAGACAAACCUCGCAAGUUACUGCAGCAUGAUAAUAACGAGAGGCUAACUGCUCAGGUUGUAGACAACCAGUUUCAUUGCAUUUUUUUGAAUAACCUGGCCUUUUUAAUGUACUGAUAAAGGUAGGAAAACAACUGAUGACAGUUUUGAUGACUCAGACGAGGAACAAGAUGAUGAAGAGAAGGAGAUUGAUGAUAUUGAUGAUGUCUUGCAAAUAUUUGUGAAGAAAGGCAAGGGAGCUGGCAGGAGAUCUAAGUGGCAAUGACUUAAUUGACAUUGUUGUCACAAAAUUUACAAAAGGUAUUAGAAGAGCUAAAGGCGCGGGCUUCUAGCAGAGGUGAGGAAAUCACAUUUACUGCCAAUCAGUUGCGUAGCAAGUUUAAGAAAUGUGUUGGCUUCUGUAAGCAGGCAGCUCUCACACAAAGAACCGCCACAGGAAUCAAGAGGUUCCAAGAGGACCAUGGUUUCGGGAAGUGGUUUCAUGCUCUCUUUGAAGUUGUCAAGACAAGAAGAGCCAUCCUCGUCAAACUCAGGGAGGACAACCCCAAGUAGUGAGGGGCUUGUUUGUUCCUGUUAAAAAUGUUAGAAAAAGCAAACAACAAAAGAGAAGCUGGAUGCCACAACACUUGAAGCAGCCUUUUAUGAGGGAAGAAAUGGAGAAAUCCAGAGAACAUGAAUUUAAAUUACAAAAUGGCAACUAUGAUUCUUUUCAAACCAUGCAAUCAUUACCUGGAAGAUGUUGAACAAGGCUUAGUGACCUCAAAUGUCCUAGAUCCUGACACAGAAGAGUGAGUGUGUUCCAGUGAAGUGGAACUCGCACCUGUUUUGCAGUUGCUAACAGGAUGUGAUGGAAUACUUGCUAUUGGAUUUGACACAAGUUUAACUAUCAUGUUUGAUCACGAUAAGCCCCAUAGGAAACUAACAGCAAACACCUGUUCCUGCUCCCUUAACUUUCCAGUUUGUGAUUUGCUCACCAAUUAUGAGUCAUUCAAAGAAUGA